AUGUCAAUUUGUAGGUUUAUCAGUCAGGAAGAAACGCACAAACCUAUUCUGCUUCCUCACCUUCAAUCAGUUAUCUUGGGUCGUGGGCCCGAAACUACCAUUAAAGACAAAAAAUGCUCCAGGGAACAAGUUGAGUUAAAAGCAGACUGCAGCAAAGGUUUUGUCAUUGUUAAACAGCUGGGUGCAAACCCCACCUCCAUCGACUCUGAGAUGGUGGGUCAGGGGAAGGAAGUCCUGAUGAAACCUGGCCAGUUGCUGCACUUUGUCAAUGCUAUGUACCCAUACACUGUGAAGUUCACAGAGAAUCCUAGUAGUUGUAAGAGACCUCAUGAUACUUCUUCAAAUGAAAAAGAAGGCUGUCCAGAUGUUCCCAGUGUAAAAACAGCCAAAAAAACAGAACAAUCGCCUCGUCCUGUCAAAACACAAGUGUCGAAGGUGAUCAAUGAAAAUGUUGGACAUUGGAGCCAAGGGUUGAAAACUUCGAUGCACGACCCUAAUAUGCAGGUGUAUAAGGAUGAUAAAGUAGUCGUAAUCAAGGACAAAUACCCCAAGGCACGUUACCAUUGGCUGGUCCUCCCUUGGGAAUCUAUUCCUAGCCUGAAGGCGCUACGGGAUGAGCACUGCAGCCUGGUUAAACACAUGCACCAAGUGGCUGACCAGAUGGUUAAACAGUGCCCGCAUGCGAAAUCCCUGAACUUUCGCAGCGGCUACCAUGCCAUCCCCAGUAUGAGUCAUGUGCACCUACACGUGAUCAGCCAAGACUUUGAUUCUCCUUGCUUAAAGAACAAAAAGCACUGGAACUCAUUCACAACAGACUAUUUCAUCCAGUCUCAAGAUGUCAUCCAUAUGCUUGAAACUGAUGGAAAGGUAACAGUUAAAGAAGGCACCAGUGAAAUGUUGAAGCUACCUCUGCGUUGCCACAUUUGUCAAAAGGAACUUCCCACUAUACCAGCUUUGAAGCAACAUCUCAAGUCCCAUUUAUCAGCUGAGAGUACUACCUCAGAUGCAACAUAG